AUGUCUGUAAUGCUUUGUUCCAUUCUUUUGCAAACCCCUACAUACUGUAGUGCACCAAGUCCCUGCACUCCACCAGGCUUGCUUCAGAGAAGCUGUAUUUCUCCUGAGCUGUUUGAGGAUGACCUGACCCCUGACCUACUUCAAAAAAGCCCCACAGUGGAUUUUCAGCUUGAGAGAGGCCACACUUCUCCUGUCCAGCUUCAGAGAAACUACACUUCUCCUGUCCAGCCUCAGCGUGUUUACACUCCUCCGGUCCAUCUUCAAUGUGUUCACACUCCUCCUCUCCAGCUGCAGAGAAACUACACCUCUCCUGUCCAGCCUCAGCGUUUUCAAACAUCUCCUGUCCAGCUUCAGACAGGACAAACGCCUGGUCAGGUUCAGCGUGUUCACACCCCUUCUGUCCAGCUUCAGAGAGGACAAACACCUGGCCAGCCUCAGCAUGUUCACACUCCUCCAGUCCAGCUUCAGAGAAACUACACUUCUCCUGUCCAGCCUCAGCGUUUUCACACAUCUCCUGUCCAGCUUCAAAGAGGACAAACCCCUGGCCAACUUCAGCGUGUUCAUACCCCUCCUGUCCAGCUUCACAGAGGGUUCGAUCGUCCAGUCCAGCUACAGCAAAGUUAUACUGCUCCCAUACAGCUUCACCAAGGUCACAAUCUGCCCAACCAACUUCAGCAAGGUCAUACCUCACCAGACCCAAAUCAGAGAAGCUGCACAACUGCUGGCCAGCAUCAGAGACCCUGA